GUUGCGGUUGUUGUGAUAUAUGAUGUUUAGCUUUGAUGCAUUUUAAUUUUGUGCUUUACUAAACCAGUAGCAAUUGCAAACUAGUAUGUAUGUGGCCCACAGAGAUAAAUAGACCUGGCAAAAUGAUUUCAUGUUGAUAAUGCUGAGAAGUGUGAUUUUGAAGAAUCUGAGCGUCUUUAUUUUGGCUGAACCAAUUAUUUUAGACUUAUUAUAGUAGCUGAGGGUGAACUUCCAGCAUUCGAAAAAAACAACCAUUGUCAAAAUGUAUUGAACUUGCAUCAACACAGGCAAAAUAAUCGGAAAAUAUAUAUUUUUCAAAAGCCUAAAAUAUCUGUAGUGAGUUGUGCUUUAAUGCGGCACAAAGUAAGGCAGAGUGGGACAUCAACCCUCCUUAUCCAUAGAGGAUCUUUUGGUUUUCUGUACCCACCAGGGUCACCUGAUCCCCUAGCAACCAGCAGGUGUCGGUGUCACCACGAGACCCAAACAGUACAGCCGGAGGAUUCAACCACCAAGUUAAAACAUCAACUCCACUCAUUUUACAUCAUUAAACUUCUACUACUGUCAUGGCAACUUUGAAGAAACUCGCUCAGCCCAAACCCAACAGACUCAAAUAUCCAGACCGUCAUUCUGUUUACUGGCUGGAUCAGAUGCCACCAGAGAAGACUGGAUCCAUCACCAAAAUCGAGUUAACCCCUCGCUGGUCAGAGCUAUGCAGAAGCAAAACAUUCUACAGUCAAGUCACAAUUUCUCCAGAAUGGGAGGUCAGCGACGCAGCUCUCAGGGCCGUCCCCUCAGAUCACCUCCGUACUCUGGCUCUUCCUCAUGCUCCUGCAGUUGGCUGGCAGCCUGAACGCUCACUUCUUACCCGCUUGAACAGAGGGACGCAGACGGCAGUCCCCACUGCACGAGUUUGCCAGCUUGCCCAACCGAAACGAAGGCCGAUCCGGGAGAAUUAUGGCCCCAAAUCUAAGCCUUUACCUUUGACUCACAUACCCUACAAAGCAUCAGCACACAUAGAACUACUGGCUACCCCUAAGCAUGACCACCCUAAGUUCCAAGGGCAGCGCUCCGUCUGCUGGCCCGUCUCCAGAGCGGCGAGAAACUGCUCGGCCAACCAGAGACUUCUCGAGCUGUGCGGUCCCAAAAACAGGAAGGCUCUCUUCGAGGAAUACGACCCAUACGUCGUUAGCCGGGCUGCCCGCUCUGCCAGCCCCUCACCUCGGAUUCAACAGCUGUGUCUACCUCUGCCUCGCAAAUGCACCUCAAACUAGGGGGGACAGGGUUCGAUACCAGAAAAGUUUCUUGUUCUCAUUUUUUUAUUGUGAUAAAAGUGGUUUCCAGUCCAAAUAAAUGCCUUUUAUUUGAUCAGUUACAGGAAUAUACCAGGUUUACUUGGCUAUACUAAAAACUGAAACGUCUAUGCUGCUACAUUUAUAGGCUAAAGCUUUUUAAGUAACUAUUUUGGAAAGACAGUUUUAAGACCCCAACCCUUUUUGCAGUUAUGUCAUUGUUAAACCAUGAGAUAAAAUAGACAAAGAGGUAGAGAUUGUUCACACCAGAUAUAAUUGCUUUGAGACAUCCUGCAGUGCACAUCCUGCAAGUCAUAUUCUUCACACCUUUAUUGUUUUGGUAGUUAUUGUU